AAACCUCUUCUUAAUUUAUUUUUCUCACCCCCGCGCAAGCAGAAUUUAUAAAAAAAUGUCCUUAACCGCCGUUGUAGUUGCAGCAAAGACCAAACAUACCGCCACUGUGCUUUGGUUUCAUGGACUUGGUGAUACUGGUUCUGGAUGGUCUUUUUUGGCCGAAGAACUUUCGACUCUUUUCCCUUAUGUCAAGUGGAUUCUUCCUAAUGCUCCUGUUAGACCCAUUGCUUUAAACGGUGGUUACCCCAUGCCCGCGUGGUUUGAUUUAUCUGGUCUUGACAAGUUUAGUUUGAAGAAUGAGGAUGAGGCCGGCAUGUUGAGCUCCAUCUCCUUGGCAAACAAGAUUAUCUCGAAAGAAGUGGAUAAUGGUAUCCCUGCCAACAGAAUUAUUGUCGGUGGUUUCUCUCAAGGCUGUGUUCUAUCCUUAUUAACUGGCUUGACUUCCGAGUACAAGUUGGCGGGUAUUGUGGGAUGUAGUGGUUCGCUCGGAUUAUCUAGCAAAUUCCCUGCCAUGGCUUCGGAUGCCAAUAGAAAAACACCUAUUUUGAUGUGUCAUGGUGAUGAAGAUCCUGUGGUGAAGCCCAUUUAUGGUCAAGAAAGUGCUGAGAAGCUCCAAUCGAUGGGUUAUAAUGUUACCCGCAAAACCUAUCCUGGCCUUGUUCACUCUGCCAAUGAUAAAGAGAUCAUAGAUAUUGCCGAAUUCCUUAAAACCACGAUUCCUCCCAUCUAAAAAACCUAUAAACAUUCAAUGUGCCUAUCUCUCUUCUCUUUUUUAUAAGACUUUCUUUUAUUUUUUUCACGCAGAAAAAAAAAAUUACAACUCGACAUCAUGGACACCAUCUUUAUCAACCAACUUGAUAUUGAAUUUGGGCAUGUUGACAAUAAAUCUUGUCUUGAGUUCUUGAAUACACAUGCCCAUCAACUUCUUUGCUUCCUCAACAUUCAU